UGUUUGGCGGUCGUGUCCGCGCCGCUGUUGCUCGCUGUGGGUUCGCGACCCAGGGCGUGGGGGGCCCUGGCCUCGUGGGCCGCGAGCCGGACCCCGAUUCCGACUGGGAGCCGGAGGAGCGGGCGCUCCAGGAGGUGGAGAGGUACCGGCUCCUUAGCGGGCCCUCAGCCUAAAGCUAGGUCUCCCGCCCCCAGCUCCGGGCGUCCUGCCGCCGCGUCCGCAGAGGCGCCAGUUUCUUCUCACCCUUUGUCGAGGGCGCAGGGGCAAGUGGUCAGCCCCCUUGGGACCCCAGGUCUCUUCGCUAGUGGCGUGUUUCAUCACCGGUUUAAAGAGUGCGGCCCGGUGGUGUAGGUGUUAGAUUUCUGGGGCGGUGCACAGAGUGUGCUUUAACCUGGCAGACACGGCCGGCCGGGCUGCCUUUGUGGGCAAACAAGAGGGCUGGGCUCUCCGUGAUUUAGUCCGAGACUCUUUAAACAUCCAUCUUGCUUCCACCACGCAUGGCUUCUGCCAUUGGUUCUUUCCCCCAGCACUCUGAAACGGCAGAAAAAAGCAAUGAAAUUCCAGAAAAUUCGAAGGCAAAUGGAGGCUCCAGGUGCUCCACCCAGAACACUGACAUGGGAAGCCAUAGAGCAGAUCCGGUUCUGGGAAUCCUGUUCAGAGCCUCAAACAAGCUAGUAUGCUGGUAUUUACGUAAGGAAUUUGCAGAGUCCUGGUCAGUUCCCAGGUUGGCAGAAGGCUUUGAUGUCAGCACCGAUGUUAUCAGAAGGGUUUUAAAAAGUAAGUUUGUACCCACGUUGGAGCAGAAACUGAAGCAGGAUCAGAAGGUCUUGAAAAAAGCUGGGUUUACUGGAGGGGUUUCUGGAGAUCCUGUGAAGCCACUCAGUGCAGGCCAUUCUGUAUCUGACCCACUGCUGCUGCCAGGAGGUGAAGUGUCAUCUAAUAGCCAGAAUCAGAGCACAUUGUUAAAAGUACUAGGGUCAGACACUCACAGCACAGCUGCACAGAAGAGACGGGAAGAAAGGACUAAAAGAAUCCAAGGUUUGGAAGAAAGCUUUGUGCUUACCACUGCAGCCGUGGGUCAUCAGAGAGAGCUUCAGAAACACACCACCAGUGAUUCUAAAGUCACCCAAAGAGCUGACAGGGAUAGGUUGCUAAGUGUUGAGAAGCUGGAAGAGUUGAAGGCUGGGGAGCCAGGUGACCAGAACUUCAGCAGCAAAGUAGUACAGAGGGGGCGUGAGUUCUUUGACAGCAAUGGGAACUUCCUCUACAGAAUUUGAGUCUGGGCCUGGCUUUUCGAGAUGCUGUGACACAGCUGGGCAAGUAGAUUUGAAGUUGCCAACAUUUCUGCAUAUGAUCGGCUGCUUUGGAAGAAUCAAGGCUAGGAUGUGGGUGGAGGAGCUAUUUGGCUAGAGUCAGACUUCUGAAGUAAGCCUCAUUGGAACCCUGUGGCUCUAAAUCUCAUUCAUCCUUGUUGCUUGGUCUCUCUGUUGAGAACAAGUAUUACAUGUGAUUGUGUCAUCAAUUUCUGUGUUACAGUGUUGGGAGUAAAUGGAAAGCUUGCCUCCUGACCUCAUUCCCUUCUUGAUCACUGAAUACUAACUGUUCUUGAAUUGGUUUCUUUAUGUGCAAAAUAAAGUAAAAUCUAGUAGUU